GUUCAAGCUAUCUCAGCUGGACUAGACAACAAGCUUCAUCAAUCCACAUCAAAAUGAAGCUCACCAUUGGGCUCAGUGCAGCCCUUGCAGGUUUUGCUGCUGCCUCUCACCAAGCCGCUACCGAUCUUGCCAAAGUUUACAUCCUGCGAGGAUCCCACCAUAUCGAGCCUACAACGAGUCUCACCCCGAGCGAGGCACGCCUCAUCCUCCACCAGCGUCUCGCCCCCGAAGGAGAGGGACCAUCAUUCCGCGAUUUCACUGAUUCCGAUGAUGAGGAGAGAAUCAUUUCUUUAAUGAACAAAUAUGGCAAAACUCCUGCGCCAUUGUUUUCCGAUGACAUGACCGCGACGCCGCGCCAGCUGGUUAUCAACAUCGAUGGAAUGCCUACGUUCGAGUAUGAAUCGUUCUUUGGCUGGCUCUUUAAUACGAAGCCCGAUUUCACUUUGGACCCAAGCAAGGAGAACGGAGAGCAUCCCGAAAUCUUCCAGAGCAUCAUCGCCAAUAUGCCGGAAUGCCCCCUGAGCCAGAUUGUCGCCAUGGACGACAACUGUUUCCACGGCAAGGCAGCUCUUGCAACAUAUAGCAGAUCCCAGGACGGUGAUCACCCUACUACCCUCUUGAACGAGCUUCCCAAGCUUCAGAAGCUCGCCGAGUCAGGCGAAUUGCACACCACCUUGGUCUUCUUUCCCUUGGAAGCCGACCGCGAGAACGCUUCUGGGGAGGACCAGGACCUUCGACGUCGACAGGCCGAGACCGUCAUCUCUUCUAUCGAGGAGGUCCAGGAAGCGCCGGCCGCUGAAACCUCAUCCGUCCCCGAGGUCCCCAAAUUCUCUUCAGUUCCUGCAUCCAUGUGCUUCAAGUCCGAGUCCGAGUGCAACAAGAGCACUGGCAACUGCUCGAACCAUGGUAAAUGUAAGAGCAGAUACGGUAAGGGCGACGAGUCUUGCUUCUCUUGCCACUGCCUGAGCACCAUGUCCAAAGCCGGCAGCAUCACUCACUGGGCUGGAGGUGCUUGCUCCAAGCAGGACAUUAGUGUCCAGUUCUGGCUCUUCGCUGGCUUCACCAUUUCCCUCCUCACCAUCCUCUAUCUGGCUAUUGGCAUGCUAUUCAGCGUUGGUGAGGAGAAGCUACCAGGAGUUAUUGGUGCCGGCGUGUCCAGGUCCAAGUAGAAUGAGAAGGGGAAGCAGAAAUGAUUAUGGGAACUGUCGGGCUUCUGGAGUUGUGUAAGCCGACCACGGGAGUUUUCACAACUUAAUGACUCCAGGGCGGCAUGUAUCAUCAUAUGGUGUAUUUGAUAUACGGGCGUACAAAGGCUAGGAGCUUGUAUUAGGUGCCUCGAUAAGGGGCUUCUUUUGUUAGAAUGCGUUUCAAUUUUUCUGAGCAGUCACGGAGUAGCAGAGCAUGCAGUCAUUCAACUUAUGCGUCUUUCGUUCUG